AGAAAGCUCACUCCUCUUCACUCUUCACUUUUAUUUAUAGCAUCGCUAACAUUCUUGUAGUUUUAUUGAAAGUGAAAUAGUUAUUUGAUUCUAAUAUUAGAGGAAGAAGAAGAGCUGAAUAGGGCAUCUGCUCACAGAAGCAGCAAAGCUCGAAAAAGUGCAGCAGUUUUAGCGGAUGAAUAACAAUCGAUCGAUUCCCCUAUUUGUCUUAACUUUUGAGGAAAAAGGAGAGAUAGAGGAGUGUUGUUUUCUGAUCCAACAGCUACUCCUCUGGUGUCUUUUAUCUUUCUGAAACAUCAUAUGCUAUACAUUUGGUAGAGACAAUAUUGAUCCAAUUUGUGUCUCCCCACCGCCCCCUCUUCGCUGGUAAAUAUGGCUAAUAAUGAUGGAGAAGUGAGCGAGAAGAAUUCGAAUUUUCCUUCGGUCGUGCUUAAUGAGAGGAUACUCUCUUCCAUGUCCCGAAGAUCUGUUGCUGCUCAUCCGUGGCAUGACCUUGAGAUUGUGUGUGCUUCCGGAGGAGCAUGCAUGCAAGAAGGGAGUUUCAUACUCUAUGCAGGACCUGGCGCACCAGCUGUUUUCAAUUGUGUAGUUGAGAUUGGCAAGGGUAGCAAGGUCAAGUAUGAGCUUGACAAGAAAAGUGGCCUUAUAAAAAUUGAUCGUGUUCUUUACUCGUCUGUUGUGUAUCCGCACAACUAUGGUUUCAUCCCAAGAACCAUUUGUGAAGACAGUGAUCCCAUGGAUGUCUUGGUAUUAAUGCAGGAGCCUGUAAUUCCUGGUUGUUUCCUUCGUGCCCGGGCUAUUGGACUGAUGCCUAUGAUUGAUCAGGGUGAAAAGGAUGAUAAGAUAAUAGCAGUAUGUGCAGAUGACCCUGAGUUUCGUCAUUAUCGGGAUAUCAAGGAGAUUCCUCCACAUCGAUUGGCAGAGAUCCGCCGCUUCUUUGAGGACUACAAGAAGAACGAGAAUAAAACAGUUGCAGUGAAUGACUUCCUUCCUGCUGAAGAUGCCAUUAAAGCAAUCAAGUACUCCAUGGAUCUCUAUGCAUCCUACAUUGUGGAAAGCUUGAGGCAGUGAGUUUUUUUCUCCGUUUGAUAUUUAGUAAUAAAUAUGACGGCUUGUUACAUUUGCUACACAGAUGGCCUACUUAUAAAAUUGUCAGUUUGAUUAUGUGUUGUGCCUUUGGUAAAAGUUGUUCGAUUAAAACUCAAUGUUGAUCUUAGGAUCAAAACUGUCUGUAAUUGUCUUGCUUUUAAAUUGUCAUCAUCAUGGAAAUUUGGGGGUUUAAUCUCCAAA